ACAGGUAAUAAAAGCUAACCCUUUAUGCAAAAGGUCAGGUCCUCGUCCCCAACCGAUGAAAACCCGUGACAGAGAAAUGAACGAAAAAGGUGAACCCGAAGAUUCCUCAACUCACGAUUCUCAGGGAACAGUUUCUGCUGAUGAUGAGAUAGACUACUUCUCCAAGCCCGAAUUCUAUGACCAGGGACUUGAUGACAAAGAUGAGCUAUGGGUCCAGAAGCAAAGAGGAGGGCGUGCUUCCGAUGCUGUGCUCUGCUGCCCUGCUUGCUUUACUACCCUUUGUCUGGAUUGCCAGAGGCAUGAAAAAUAUGUCACUCAGUAUCGUGCGAUUUUUGUCAUGAAUUGUAGGAUAAUGGAGGAAGUGCCGCAACUAGGAAGUAAACGAAAAAGGAACAAAAGAGGUUCUCAUAUUGAAGUUGGUCCUAGUGCUGCUGUGGCUUUUAAAAGAGUCUGCUGUUCGGUUUGUUCAACAGAGGUGGGUGUUAUCGAUGAGGACGAGGUCUAUCAUUUCCUGAAUGUUCUUCCUAGUGAAGCUUGAUUUAUCUUGAGCUAUUUGUACUUUGGUUGUCUCUUUCCUUUACUUUAAAUGGUCAUUUAACGAUUUUGGUGUAAAGUUUCUGUGGUACUAAUUCAUAGAUAUGCUUGCAUGCAUAGUGUGAGCUGACGACGCACUACAUGUUCUGGAAAUUUAUUUGAAUGAUACGAUACACAAUAAGUAGGUUUUAUUUACUUUGAUGGAUGGGAAUGGGACGUAUACAGAAUUGUAAAUGUUUGAUAACAUACUUGGUAUAUUUGUAAUGGGUAAAUCGCAAUCUACGUAGGGACCCUUAUUUUACACAAGGGGACCUUUUUUCCA